AGAAUAGAUUUAUUUUCUCUGGUGUUUGUGGUUGUACACUGAGAGGCGCAAGUUUUUUUUUUUUGUUUUUUUUUAUGCGCACCACGGCUCUCAGUUGUACUGUACUCCUGCAGCGAUAGUGAGAUAUAUUAAUCCGCCAAUUAUCUUAACCCGAUCUCUAUGCUCAGAUGGUUUUUAAAAAAUAUAUUCAGAUCACAGAGGGGGUACUUUGUUUGCCUCAGGACUGGUAAAUGUAAAACGAAGCAAAAGAUUUUCCAAACAGUGUGAGCUUUCAUUCUGUCGAGUGAUUUAAAGGAAACAACAAAAGCUUAGAGGUAGCGAUUAUAUCGCAUACAAGUCAUCACACUGACCACUGGGUUGCAUUAGCCAUUAUGAAUAUUAACUAGACCGCUGGAAGAGAGAAACUCUGCAGUCAAAGUUGUUUUUGAUUGUUCUUCUCAGAAACUUUGUUAGCGAUAGAGAUGAGUUCUUAUUUUGUAAAUCCCUUUUAUUCAAAGUACAAGGCUUCUGAGACAAUAGGUCCAACGUACUACGACUGCCCGUUUUCACAAGAUGUUAAUAGCAGACACACCGUUAUGUAUGGCAGCAGCGCAAGUUUCCAGCACCCAACACAAGUUCAAGAAUUCUACCAUCAUGGGACCUCAGCAAUCCCGAAUGCGGGAUAUCAACCGAAUCCUUGUGGAAUUACGUGUCACGGUGACCCCAGUAAAUUCUAUGGAUACGAUAACUUACAGAGACAGCAGCUCUUCACGACACAACAAGAGACCGAGCUGGUACAGUAUCCUGACUGUAAAUCGUCCAGUAGUAAUACUGGCGAAGAUCCAGAGCACUUAAAUCAGAACUCGUCUCCUUCUCAGAUGUUUCCCUGGAUGAGACCUCAAGCUCCUGGCAGAAGAAGAGGCAGACAGACAUACACCCGAUUCCAAACUCUGGAACUCGAGAAGGAAUUUCUAUUUAAUCCCUAUCUGACCAGAAAGAGGAGAAUCGAGGUCUCGCACGCUCUGGGGCUCACCGAGAGACAGGUUAAAAUAUGGUUUCAAAACCGAAGAAUGAAGUGGAAAAAAGAAAACAAUAAAGAAAAAUUUCCAUCUUCACGACCAGAAGACGGAGAAGAGGUUAAAAUGGAGCCUGGCAACUCUGUGCAGGACAAAGCAGGCAACGAGACUGCUUGACUGAUUUUUAAAACCUGCCUAAAAUGAGACUUUUAUUAAAUGUGAAAACAGAAAAGACGAUUAAAGUGUAAGGAGACCGUCCUUGUUAAGGGUCUUACAGCCUUAAUAUGCCACUGUUACAAUGACUGUGUGUUUGUCAGUUAGCGUGGAAGGUAUAGUAGGCUACGUGAGUUAAUGAGCUCACUUUUCAAUUAUCUAUUGCCUUACUUCAAACGGAAUAAUGUUGUUCGUUAAAAUAAAGGGACUAUGUUUAUGAUUUGCACCUAUAUUCUUCCUAAUGAGAAACCAGAAUAAAUUAUUAGAUUUUCUUUCAAUUGUCAACAUUUAAUUACCAGGAAACUGCACGUGAAAUGUUAUAUUGUGUAUGAUGUGUAGGCCCUGUUGAAUAAGGCCUAUAUAUUAAUGGAAUUGAUCAAAAUUCAAGAUUCAUUUUGAAUGUAUGUUACACCUCCAUCACACGAUUAAAGCUAACGGGUG